GCCAUGAAGGCACACGGACCUUGUGCUCGCUCUGUUGUGGGUCUCCCCAAGAAUGAGGACGGUGCUUCUGCCUUGGGCGUCUGCCGCCGUCUUCCUGCUGGCCACCGUGACGGUUUCGGGGGACGAGGCACUGGAAGGAGUAUUACAGCUUCAGAUGAUCAACUUUAAUUUUGAAGCUGUGCAGGUUACAUGGAACGCAAGCCAAUACUCGGGGACAAAUUUGACUUUCCUCUACAAGCUAACCAGUGACGAGACUGAUAGCCAAUGCUCCAACUAUAUUCUUCAACAAAGUCGCACUGCUGGAUGCCUCCUGGAGGCAAAAGAAGAUGAAAUUCUGUGCUUUUCCAUCUGGAAUGGAACACGUCUCCUUCUCAACAAAUGUCAGUGGAUCAGUGCUUACUUGAAACCCAGCUCCCCAAAAGACUUGAACUUCCAGUGGCAUCAGGAAGCCAUUACAGUGACCUGUUCUGAUCUGCCCUACAAGCGUCUCCUCUAUGAAAUCCAGUACAAGAGUAUGUUCGACACUGAGUGGCAGUCCAAGGAGGGAGAAACCUGCAAUGUAACGACAGAUGGCUUGGAUGCUGAGAAAUGUUAUUUCUUCCGGGCCAGAGUGAAAACAAUGGAGUCCAGCUAUGGCCCCGACACAUACCCAAGUGACUGGUCAGAGGUGAUACACCAGCAAAAAGGGGAGCUGAGAGAUUCGUGCCAGGAGAAAAAACUUUUCCCCAAAUUUAUUUUAGUUUCUGGCAUGGUUGCGUUGCUGACGGUGUCCCUUCUUCUUCUGUCUUUAUGGAAAGUACAGAGAGUCAAGAAGCUCCUCAUGCCCAGCGUGCCCGAUCCCAAAUUCACCUUCCCUGGGCUCUUUGAAUCCCACCAGGGUAACUUCCAGGAGUGGAUCAAGGACACCCAGAACGUGGUCCCCUUGAAUAAGGUGGAGGGUGCGGAGCACGAUUGCGGCCCAGAAGAGGCUCUCGUCGUCCACCUGGCCACGGCUGAGGCCGAGAUGCCCCUCAUGACGACCGGCCCGUCGUGUCCGCAGACCAAGGAGGAAGAGGCCUCCGGGGACCCCAGCCAGCUUCCUGGCCGGCCCCUGCAAGGCGGCGGUGGCGGCGAGACGGUCUCUCUUGGUGGCUUCACGUUCGUGAUGAGUGACAACUCAUACGUCAUGUUAUGAGGGGACACAAACUCAGAAGCCAACAUUGGGGUUUACGUUGACAUUACAGCAUCUUGGGGGCUCAGCACCACCGACAAUGCCGGUGUUCAGGGUGGGGGGUCAGGGUCACAGAAGACCCCAAACGCCCAACCGGUGCGCUCCUUGUGUCCGCUUCCAUCCCACGCAUGUCUACUCACGGGAUGCAAGGCAGACUCCCCGGGGAUGGGGCGGGCCCGCGGCGUGUUGGAGCGUUUCUUGCUUUUUCAGCUCACGUCUCCUCGUGGCUGAUGUUUUCAUGUAAAUUGUGUGGAAAGAUGGCCCGGGUGCCGGGAGGCCUGCUUCCUCUGUGCGUGUCACCCACAUCCCGCCCUUACAACGUCUUCACUCGCGAGCACUUUCUCCGCUCUUUCGAGAUGCGGCCCACGGACCCAGCAAGCGGAGCAGCUGCUCCUGGGCCGGAAACGAACCCUGCCUUACAGACGCCAACCAGCCACCCAGCUCUUAACUGCGCGCGAGAAAAACACCCACUUUUCAACAACGGGGCGGUGGGGGGGGGACGCUUAUCUUCCGGAGACUCUGUUUUUGUUGGCCUCUUUGCUCACAUUCAUCGAUGAGACAGGUGAAUGCAAACAUGCCAAGUGCGGUGCCCGGAGUGCCUUGCCCUUGGGUGGGGCCUAUCACACUGUAUUUUGCAAAAUGGAAAUAACGAGACAAAAGAAUUAGGCGUUUC